AUGAUUAAUGAACGAGUUAUCGAUGGUAUGGAUCAUUAUUUUGUUAUUUCAGCUACAUUUAUUAUGAAUUCAGGACCAUUUAUUGACGUAAUUCCAAUAAUAUUGAACUAUUUAGACUUGAAAAGUCUUGUUCAUUUAGCUGAAACGUGUCGUUUUUGGAAAGAACGUAUUUAUACAGAUGUGAAAUUGUGGCCAAAGGUGAUUGAAUUGCCUUAUGUUGGUUGCAUGGAUAAUUAUGUUGGUGCACAUAAUGUUCUUGAGGAUGUGAUUGAGGCAAAAUUAUGGUCAAUGGUUCGACCACCGGAUGAUCCACAGGCUUUGGAGAAAGUUUUAGAGAAAAUGGCAUCGUCCGAACAGAGUAUCAAGCGAUUUGCAUUGGUCAAAAAAGUAUGGCAACAAUUAAAAAUAAAAGAAAUUUUCCGAAAAUU